AAUGUUUUAAAAGUACACAAAAUACAUAUUUCCAAAAUUAGCAGUGCCUCGUUUUGGAUUGAGAAAUGCCCUGUUCUCCUAAACCUUAGCACAUAGGAUGUGACGGGCCGUUCAGAGCUGGGUGGGGAGGUAAGCUGAUUGAGGGGUUGCUUGGUUUAACAGCCAGCAGGUGAUGCUGGUCUUUGGAAACUUGCCCCCACCUUUCCAUUCAGAACAUCCUCUUUACUCCCAAGCCUCUAUACCUUUCAUAUUGCUCCAUGCUUCUUUAAUCACCGCAUUCAAGGGCCUGAAAUAUUUGUUCCCCCAUAGGUGCUAAGUGAGACAAUUGACUCCAUUUUGUGAUGACCUUUUUCUUCCCUUUACUGCCAGCUCCCAAGACCCCCACGUCUGCUUUUCUGGAGAGCAUCUAUUGUUUUUUUUGCUUCUUGCCGCCAGUGGUCUUCGUGUUAGCCUCUUCACUACCUGGGGGGGCUUCCUGCUGUCUGCAUCUAUAGUCCAGGCUCAGGCGUUUUGCUCAUUGUCUGCCUUCAGUCCAAGCCUCAUUAUACUCAGCUCACGCUGAUUCCACUUGACCUUUCACACCAUUUCUUCCAUUCUUCCCAAUUAAAGGAGACAUCCUACAAGACCGGCUUCAUAUACCCAUUUGUGCCAAGAAGCGACCCCUAGCUCCUCGAGCCCUCCUCGUGAUAGGUACCAUCCGCUUUGGCCCCUUCGCCCUUCUCUGGUGGUUUGAUGUGAAUCAGUCUUGUCUCUUCAGCUCCACUGGGACCCAGUGGAGGAGGGAGCCUGCAUUCCUUCUGGAGUCCCCAGCACUCUGAGCUAUGCUGGCACCUGUGUGCCCCGUGAUUACAGGCUGGCGAGCUGGAGUUGCCUGAACUUUUAACAAGUGUGUAAAUAGUAGAUAGUUGGGUGAAGCAGGGGACCCAGUGAAGGGUUUCUUAAUUCAGAGACAAAAAAUUAUUUGUGGGAGAGGAAGGAGCAAUUGUCUCUUUUCAAGGUUAGCCCAGAGCAUGUUCUAGGUUGGGAUUGAGUCACGCCCCUUAACCUCCCACCCCCCCUCUCCCAGGUGCAUGCCCCCAGCCACACCUGGCAGGGCAGCUGACUUCAUAAAAGUAGCUCUGAGGGGUGGGUAGGGGCUAGAGGAGCAGGAAGAUGAGCGCUGAGUAUGGACAGCAGCAGCAGCAGCAGCAGCAGCAGCAGCUCGGGGGCCGUGGGGGCCGCAGUACUAGGAACAAGAAAUCCAAAAAGCGCUGCCGGCGCAAGGAAACCUACUCCAUGUAUAUCUACAAGGUGCUGAAGCAGGUGCACCCCGACAUCGGCAUCUCUGCCAAGGCCAUGAGCAUCAUGAACUCCUUUGUGAAUGAUGUGUUUGAACGGCUGGCGGGUGAGGCUGCCCGGCUGGCCCAGUACUCAGGCCGGACCACCCUGACUUCCCGGGAAGUCCAGACAGCUGUGCGUCUGCUGCUGCCUGGGGAGCUGGCCAAGCACGCUGUGUCCGAGGGCACCAAGGCUGUCACCAAGUACACCAGCUCCAAGUGACCCAGAGCCUGACAAAAAUAA